CGUCUCCGUGUCUCUCUCGCGCGUCCUCUCUGCCCAGUUCCCAUACUCUUUCUUUCGAAGCCCACGAAGGGGAAGAACCCUUGUCUCCUCGAUUUCGGCGCCCGACCCCGUUCGAUUCUGGCAGCUCCUCCUCUGUCUCGAGGAUCCGAUCUUCGUCGUAGCUUGGUCCGCUCUGUUUUGGAUUUCUUGUGUUUGUGCCCCAGUAGAGUUUGGUUGGGAUCUAAUGGACCAGUACGAGAAGGUGGAGAAGAUUGGGGAAGGGACCUACGGAGUGGUGUACAAGGCUCGAGACCGUCUGACCAAUGAGAUGAUAGCGCUGAAAAAGAUUCGCCUGGAGCAAGAAGAUGAGGGAGUUCCCAGCACAGCCAUAAGAGAGAUCUCCCUCUUGAAGGAAAUGCAGCACAGCAACAUAGUCAGGUUGCAAGAUGUAGUUCACAGUGAGAAACGGAUUUAUUUAGUUUUUGAGUAUUUGGACUUAGACUUGAAGAAGCACAUGGAUUCCUCUCCAGAGUUUGCUAAAGAUUCGCGUCUUGUUAAAACAUAUCUCUAUCAGAUACUCCGUGGCAUUGCCUACUGUCAUUCUCAUAGGGUUCUUCACCGGGAUCUGAAACCACAAAAUUUAUUGAUAGAUCGCCGCACAAAUGCUUUGAAGCUUGCAGACUUUGGGCUAGCCAGGGCUUUUGGCAUUCCUGUCCGGACAUUUACUCAUGAGGUAGUGACACUCUGGUACAGAGCACCAGAAAUUCUACUUGGAUCCCGGCAUUACUCCACACCUGUCGAUGUGUGGUCAGUUGGGUGCAUUUUUGCUGAAAUGGUGAACCAGAAACCAUUAUUCCCAGGAGAUUCCGAGAUUGAUGAAUUGUUUAAAAUAUUCAGAGUACUCGGCACCCCAAAUGAAGAAACUUGGCCAGGGGUCACAUCCUUACCUGACUUCAAGUCUGCUUUCCCCAAGUGGCCUCCUAAGGAUCUGGCAACAGUGGUCCCAAAUCUUGAACCUGCCGGAGUUGAUCUACUCUCUAAAAUGCUUCGCUUGGAACCAAGUAAAAGAAUCACAGCUCGGCAAGCUCUGGAGCAUGAUUACUUCCAGGAUCUUGGGUUGGUACCGUGAUCCACUCUUCUCCACUGUACAAUAUCUCAUCAAGUACAUCGGAUGUUUUGCAGUUUUAUCCUUGUAUUUCUGUGAGGUUUGUGAUUCGUUUGUUUUCAUUUCUUCAUCCUGCCUCCUGAACUUUAUGGAGAGCUGGUGCUUGGAUUUUCCUUUGAUAGCCUGAAAGCAUUCCCCUCUUUUCUUCAUGCGUGUUUGAAGAGAUCCUUGGCGUCAUUUACUAUGUAGAUUUCUGGGUUUCAUGCUGAAAUGAUGGUAAAACACAUUUGGAGGACCAA